CUAACUUGUGCCGCAGCUGCCUCGCAGCUCUUCUCAAAAUCCUGAAUUUUUUCCAGGCGUUUACAGGAUUCUCCAUCCUUAUCUAUUCGUUAUGGGUUUUGAAUCGUUGCUUCAGGGAUGGAAUCGAGAUUGGCUUUUGAUUUCCACAAGCUCCCGGCUCCAUGGUUUGUGUGCGCUUUGAUGGGAUUUGGCGUUUUGAUGUGUUUGAUCGCUUUCAUUGGACAUGUUGCAGCUGAAGUAAUUAGUGGUUGCUGCCUCUGUUUCUAUGCUGCAUUGGUAACCAUACUUAUUUUAUUCGAAACUGGUUUGGUGGCUGACCUAAUAUACAACAAAAGAUGGGAAGCGGACCUUCCAUAUGAUACCACUGGAGAAUUGUCAAGACUUUCUGCAUUUAUUGAAGAAAAUCUAGAUAUAGUUAAGUGGGCUGUCAUGACUGUGGUUAUUAUUCAGUCACUUUCGCUUUUAUUGGCGUUGGUUGUGAGGGUUAUGAUUCCAACAAGGAGAGAAUACUAUGAUAGUGAUGAAGAUUUUCUUGUGCUUAGAAGACCACUGCUCAAUCCACAGCCUAUCCCAACAUAUGCUCCACACUCUGUUGAGAACCCUGGUCAUCAACCAGACAUGUGGAGUUCACGAAUGCGGCAGAAGUAUGGGUUAAGUCAAAGCAGCUAGUUGGGCUCAAAUUUUACUGCAUGAUGAGUCUUUACACAACAGAUUGAUGGUGAAGGUGUGUAAAAUUAAUGUCCAUAUGUUUAUGCAUGUAAUGUUAUUCAUCCAUUUCUUUUCAUUAUGUGUUGAUUCUGUGCAUAGUUGUGGUGAAAUUUAGGCGCUUGGUAUUAUUUAUAGUGUUGAUAAUUUAACUGCGAUGCUAUAGCAUUGUAUAUUCCAGACUGAAAAUGUGGUGGCGUUUGUACUGUUGUUAAUUGCCUAUUGUAUUAUUAUACUUUCAAUGCAUUGUUUAACUGAAAAAUAUUUAA